UUCAGGCUUCAUAAGCAGUGUUUGGAAUAGUUAAGGCCAAUGAAUGAAACUAUGAACUCCACACGGAUGGCAGAAAAAAGCUCUAUUAAUUGGGCUCCAAUUUUUGCCUACAUAUUAAGUAAGGAGGCUUGACCCAAGAUGUAGAAGAAAAUAAAAGUGGGGAGAUAAAAGUUGAAGGACCUGAUGCCACAGAGGUUCUAGACCAACACUACGCAGUCAUGAAUGAACAGGUGAGACUCUGAGACCUUGUUGCAGUGUAGCUUCUGAUUCGGCUUCUGAAUGUGGCCUGGGACUCGGCAUUCACAUAAGCUCUUGGGCAAUGUCGAUCCUGCUGAUCCACGGACCACACUCUGAGUAGCCAGGCGAUGAAGGGGGACAGCUGCUUUGGAACGAGGAUUACAUUUCCAGCGAGUAGCGAGUAGCGGUAGCAAAGGAAGGAUGAAAGCAUUGAAAACUCCCCAACUGAAGCAAUGAUAUAAGGGGCAGUACUUUAUUAAUCCAUUCACCUGAAAUCGAAGGCAACCACAUUUCUGUGCCAUCAAAGUGACGGUAAUUGAAUGUUGAUUUUUUUCCCCCUCUCUUUCCUGGUAGUGGUUUCAUCCACAUGGAAUCAGGAAAUCAAACACGUGCUUCGGAAUUUCUCCUCUUGGGAUUUUCAGCAAAGUCAGAUAUUCAAUUUGUGCUCUUUGGGCUGUUCCUGUCCAUGUACUUGGUCACGGUCACUGGGAACCUGCUCAUCAUCCUGGCCAUCUGCUCUGACUCCCUCCUCCACACCCCCAUGUACUUCUUCCUUUCCAACCUGUCCUUGGCUGACAUCUGUUUUACCUCCACUACUGUCCCGAAGAUGCUCUGGAACAUCCAGACUCAGAGCACAAACAUAACAUAUGAAGGCUGCCUCAGCCAGAUAUUUUUUUUCAUUGUGUUUGGAUGCCUGGACAACUUACUCCUGACCGCGAUGGCCUAUGACCGCUUUGUGGCCAUCUGUCACCCCCUGCACUACUCAAUCAUCAUGAACAGCCAGUUCUGUGGGCUGUUGGCAUUGGGAUCCUGGUGCCUCAGUAUCAUGGGUUCCCUGCUCGAGACCUUGACCCUUUUGAGGCUGUCCUUCUGCACAAACGUGGAAAUCCCACACUUCUUUUGUGAUCUUCCCGAAGUCCUGAAGCUUGCCUGUUCUGACACCUUCGUCAAUACCGUGGUGGUGUAUUCUGCAACUGGCCUUCUGGCCGUGAUUCCUUUCAACGGAAUACUUUUGUCCUACUAUCAAAUUGUUUCCUCCAUACUCAACAUUUCCUCAGCUACUGGCAAGUACAAAGCCUUUUCCACGUGUGGGUCUCACCUCUCAGUGGUCUCCUUGUUCUAUGGAACAGGUCUUGGGGUCUACCUCAGUUCUGCAGUGACUUCAUCCUCUAGGACAAGUCUGGUGGCCUCAGUGAUGUACACGGUUGUCACGCCCAUGCUGAACCCCUUCAUCUACAGUCUGAGGAACAGGGACAUGAAGGGGGCUCUAAGGAGACUCCUCAGCAGGGUGGUGCCUCUCAGCCGUGGGGUCUCCGGAGGAGUCUUAUCGUAA